AUGGCUCACCGUGGUCAUCGUUGGGUGCCAUACCGCACAAUGCGGCCUGAGCGCUCAGACAACAACGGAACAGUGUUUAACGCCGGGCAACCGUACCAAACACAACAUUACAUGGAUGAGGAGAGUCACUUCUCACCAGGGCCAAGCAGCCAACAAGGCCGGCUCAGUGAUGACCAAUACAUUAAUUGGCAUCACGAAGCAAUCUUGGGAAUGCAGGAACCACGAAACGACUAUCUCGCAGACAGAGAGUCGCUGAGAUAUGACGAAAGAAGCCCACAUCAUUAUGAACUCCUACUAGCUCGUGAGCGAGACCGUGCGCAGCAACUGGAGAUCAUGCUGCUUCGACGUGAGUUGGAAGACCAGCGACAGCAACAACAGAUGCGCGGAGCUAUGAGCAUCAGCGUCACUUCGAUGUUGCCAGUGAACAUAAUCACGACGCAUCAUACGGAUCUGAAGUCCAAUAUCGCAGUGCUCCCUUGGGUGGCGAAAGCAGUAGCCGCGGCCGUGACUAUAGUCGCGGCCAUAAUAGCGGACGUGGACGUGGACGUGGACGUGGACAUAACCUCGGACGCCGACACAGACACAGCCGUGGACCAAGACGUGGAUCUGGACCACAAGGUGGCAAUGGACAUGUCGAUGAGCAAGCGCGCCGUCGAGCCAGGGACGAAAGAUGGUUGGCCAACUCAGUCUUCAUCAACGAGACAGCGAGACAGGCGAUGUCAGAAUAUCUAG